CACAAGAUUUAGACAUCCUGCAGUGCAACGAUAGUGCAGUACGGGCCCUGCAGAGGAGCAACCAAGCUGCCGCUAAUUUCGUUUCCAUCCCACCCUAGCGUUGAGUUUUGCGAUGUAGCAUUCGGGUCGUACCUGGCAUCUUACCCAUCCUCGAUGGGGAUAAAAACGCGAGGAAAACCAAGGAGGGCAAACACACGAGGGAAUUCAUUGAGGAUGGAAGGACGAGGGAAAUGCGUCGUGGUCCCUCCGAGCCACUGUCACGCAAUCAGUGAAGGCUCGGACCGAGGGCUGCAUUGUGACGACACAAGAUAACUUUGUGCUGUGGUGGAUAGAUCUGAUAGCCUCAUAGCCCGCUCGAUGAUACUUUAUGUAUAUGCCGUCUUCUGUCUGAAGUCCUGUCGUUGCUAUGCCUGCCUUCUAGUUGAGAGCUCCACCACACUACGUGCACGGCAUUUGCAAUGGCAUCUAUUGCAUUCCCAUCCAUUGCCAAGACGGCGUCUCUAUCUGAUGACACCACGUAUGGCUAUGUUGCCAUAGCUUCUGCGUCGCCUGAGAAACCCACCUUUCUUCUGCUUCAUGGCUAUCCCAGCUCUUCCUUUGACUGGCGACACCAGAUCAAGUCCCUUUCUGUUGCUGGGUAUGGUGUCAUUGUCCCAGACCUACUUGGCUAUGGCGACACAGACAAGCCAGAAGACGUUGCAUCAUACCGCUUGAAAUCUAUGUCCCUCCACAUGGCAGAGAUACUCGACAUUGAAGGUGUACCUCGCUGCAUUGCCGUUGGCCAUGAUUGGGGCUGUGGCUUGCUUUCCCGUCUUGCGACUUAUAUCCCUGAACGUUUGUUUGGUAUUGUGCCAAUCUCAGUCAGCUACAUUGAGACAGGCGUCGUCUGGGACAUUGAUGCAUUCAACAAGUUCACUGAGCAACUUUUUGGUUACAGCACCUACGGAUACUGGCCAUGGCACAAUACCGAGGAAGCAGUCAAGGACUGCAAUGAAAACCCAGCUUCAACUUUCUCGCUCAUCUAUCCGGCUGACCCAGCAGACUGGAAGGUCAUCUUCGCUCCCGUUGGUGCAGCAAAAGAGUAUGUCCGGGCUGGCCGUGUUGGUCCACUGCCAUCAUGGUACAGCUUGAGUGAGUACACAACUCGUGACAGAAUUCUAGCAAAUGGUGGCUACAGAGGACCACUGAGCUGGUAUAAGGCCGCGAUGCGCGAUGUCAACGCCAAGGACGAACAAGCUCUCUCAAAAGAAGACGGAUUCUGCAAGCUUCCUACUCUUCUGAUUGUCAGUGAUGAGGAUUACGUCACCCGGGCUGACAUGCAAAUCCAGAAGAGCAAGGAGUGGGUCCCAGAUCUACGUAUUCAGAUACUGCACUGCGGACACUGGAUUCAGUUGCAGAAGCCAGAGGAAGUCCAUCGUCUUCUCGUUGAAUUUGCCGCUGAGGUGACUGGCACUGAAUCUGUGUCUAACGGUCAUCCAGCCACACAGUCUGCUGUGAUUAGUGUGAAGCCAGAAACCUAAUCUGGUAGAAACACUAUACUGAUAGGAUGAACAUAACGAACACAGGAUUAGACUGGUCGAAGCAUCAGUAUUUCCGUACCAAUGGGAUCUUGACUCUCAAAUGAAUUGGGAUUGUGCUGCCUUUUAAAUAAGCCUCUUCACUGUACAGCUCGGGCGCAUCGGGAUGGUAUACUCGCUUGAGCCUCGAUGUAAUAGUUCUCCAAAUCAACACCAUCAUAUCUUUAAUCAAUCCCAUGUAACAGCGUUUCCACAUGUUCAUAAAGCUAUUUGCAUACUAACAAGCC